AUGGCAAAUCCGCAGGAAACUGCGACUGCUUUCGACUUCGAUGAUAGGCUCGGCCUAGUCUUCAUCGUAGAGGCCGCAACACUAUCCGUACUGGCUAUCACAACUCUCCUGGCAUACAUCACUACUUAUCCCAGGCCUAUUAGUAUAGCGCCGUCACAAUUCGAAUGGGUGCCUACACGCAGAUGGUCCACCGACACUCACGUUCAUUAUUAUUUCUUAAAUCUAAUGAUCUUUGACCUCAUUCAAGCAAUCGGGGGGAUGUUCAAUAUCGUGUGGAUUGAUGCUGCUGAGAUAUAUCCCGGCACCAUAUGCACUGUGCAAGGUAUCAUCAUUCUUGAGGUAGAACCUGAGAGCGCCAAUUUACCACAAUUAUCGCAGACUAUCGCCUUGCACACGAUGCAGGUACUGAUAUUGAGGUGGAGUACCCCUCCAAAAGGAGCACUACUUGGCUCAGCUAUUAUAUGGAUGAUCGUUGGCCUGAUGGUCGGAAUACCGAACAUAAUCAUUGAUGAUUUCUAUGGACCAACCGGGCAUUGGUGCUGGAUAGAACGUAACAACUUCCAACGAAUGGGUCUUCAAUACAUGUGGAUGUGGUUUGCAGCAUUCAUCACUAUCGUUGUUUACAUCUUCCUUGCUCUUGUGGUCAAACGGAUCGUUAGCAUUGAUGGAUACAAGAUUCGGUGGACGUCCUCCGAGAUCCGUAGUAUCACGCCGUCCGAUGGUUCUGAUCCCCGACAACGGGGGGAUGAAGGCGCCAUCGCGCUACGUAUGCUCUUCUACCCUGCGGUCUACAUUAUCACAGUGUUGCCUAUCACUGCUGCCCGCUUCACGGAGUUUCACACACAAAAUGUGCCAUGGGGAGUGACGGCUUGGGCAGACACCCUUCUUCUCUUGUCGGGAUUCUUCAACACAAUCCUAUAUACGCUGACGCGCCCAAAGCUCCUUCCGCGUAGACGUCGGUCGCCCUCCCGGGUUGUUCUAACAUCCACGAGCUCAAAUCAAUUCGGUAGGACUAACCGAUUCCAACACCACAAGCACUAUCCCUAUGAUACAAAACCUGAAGAAGGAGUGCUCCCUUCUAUGAGUUUUGAACUCGCAGAACCACCACAGCGCUCCUCGUCCGAGUUGCGCUUUGCUCACCCUGAGGUAUCAAAUACCAAGCAAUGA